AUGUCAUUGUCCCAGAAUUGGCUUUCCUACGACCAGUCUCGCCUUUUUCUUAAGGCUCGAGAAUGGAUCGACGAUAAAAGCUAUCAUGCUAUCCUUGAGGCCGUUUUUCGAGUCGUCAAGGUCGAUAGCUCUCAGCUUGCGAGAGCAACGAAGUAUACAGUCAGCAAAAUAAGUGCUAGGCUUUCAACAUGCGCAAGUCUUGUGAGAACGAUUGUGGAAGUUGGACUUCGCAAGCUUCGAAGCAGAUCCGUAAAGGCUAUAGUCGAUCACAUCAUCCAAAGUCUGCCAACCUCGGAUGGGGAUUACUGCGAACCGCUUUUGAUUGACUACUUCAAGGCUCUUAGCACAUUACUUAGCUAUCAUGCGCACGUCGAUCAUUUGAACACGGACGACUGGCACGAGCUGACGGGUUUCUGCAUCCAAGUCACGGGUGAUCUCAACAAAGCUGCAUACAGCCCUGAAUCAGAGAACUCCAUUUUCAUCGAGAGCAAUGGUCUGCGGAAGAGGCCCGUCAUGCCUGCAAGCGUUUCCUCAGAACGCAGCAACGGGCUUAGUAAAACUAAUUCCCAAUCACUUGCAUUCCCUCAAAUGCAAGGGAGCAACGAGGAUGUACUGAUGUGUUUGAAACUGGCAAUAUCUACAUCGAGCGCACCAGUUAUGGAACAAGCAGAGUCAAUCCUUGAAGUCAUUUUGUUGUUACUAAGAAGCUACCCUCACCUAGCUAAAAUACAUCAAACAUGUUAUGAAGUUGUCGAGCAUAUAAUGGCUCGUACGAUUGUAAAUGACAUUACGAUGUCCUUGAAACUUCUGAACGACCUAAUCCCACUUAUUCAGAGGUCGUGGCAACGGGCUACUUUUGCCCAACGCGAAAGCAUGUUAGCGAUCAUUCUUCAAGGACAAAUCCUUUUACCCUCUUUACUACGCUCAACCACCCACCUUGAUGUAAGGGUCCACCUCGAAGCACUCCUUGAGACUAUGAGAGUGCAGUAUUGUGGACGAAAAGGGCGAGAGCAGCUAUUGCUUGAGGACAUUGACCUAACCGAUAUUGAAAGCCAAGCAUUUCUUGAAUCACCGUUGAGUCUGAAAGCAGCUUCUAUUCGGCUUGGCGUUUUCAAGGCGGAGGAACCCUGGUGCGUCGUUUAUGCAUGUUCAUCCAUUUAUGCGGCUUUAGAGGAAGACGCGAAGGUGCGACUAGAAAAAGAAGAUGAAUCUCGAAAGCAUGUUAAACGUCGGAAAAUGAACCGAUGGUCAGAAGAUUUGCUCGAUUUUGUGCAAAUUGCUCAGAAUCAAACCAGAUUGUACGCGAUCCAGACUGUUGCUUUCGUUUUCGACAGGCAACAUUUUGAGGAUAGCUCAUUGACUCGAAUUCUGGAGACCUUGAUGUCGCAAUUGACAAACGACGACGUUACAAUGAUGUCAUGGGCAAUCUUCGCGAUCAUGAGGCGAAACUAUAAGCUCAUAUCUUAUCUCCUACAGAAUGACGACAGUCCUCUCGCUCAAGCCUCCGAUCAAUCUCAGCUAGUCCGAGCCAAGAGCUUCAAGCAAGACAGCAACAGCAGAAGGUCUCCUCAUACAGAACUAUUGGAUUCUUUCUUGGAAAGUCUGACUCACGAGGCUUCUCUAGCAUGGGAUAAUUUUUUCAAUGAUAGCUCACUUUUGAUCAAAACCGUGAAUGCUGAUACCAUUUACAUUAUCCUCCAAAUAUGCGUCGUUGGCUACGGACUACUUGCAAUCAUGCCGCCUCAGCAUACACAUCAGUCUCUCGUCAGGAUAUUGAAUCAAAUACAACAUGGUCUGAAAACUUCUCUCCUCGUGCACGAAAAGCGAAAAGAAUAUCUGGAUGUCUUUUAUGAAUGCAUUGGAUCUAUUAUCAACAACGUAACCCCAGCAACCUCCCGAGAUGAUCCGUUGGCCAAGGGAGUAACUCAGGUAGCUCGAGGCUUAGACUGGAAAUUUUGGGAAUCAAUCCGCUCAGAGCUAUCAAGAGCUAACGGAGCUCCGAGGGAGGUUGACUUUAUGGAUCUAGAUGAUGAGUUCGAUUCGCAAGCAACUCAGACAGCUUCACAGAAGACUCGUAUUCCAUCUUUUAUCCAUGAUGAGAUUGAAGCGAAGACUGGUUUUGAUGCCUUCAAAGCAUACGUCACGGCAAGAUUGUGCUGGAUCUCAACAGGAAACGAGCCUGAAAAUGGCGAGCGCGUGUUUGAGAUCACCAAUUCUACUUCAGUCAUAGAAUACCUCACCUCCUUGAAACGACAAGAUUUUGUCCUAUGUGGAGGCAUUCUUGAGGAAUUGCUUUCGCCAGAGACCACUGUGGCCGAGGAUGAAGCCGAUACCAUUCUACAGUACAUCCAACAAGUAGUGAUCAAACCUUACGAGAUGGAAAAGUCAGAAGUUGCAACUGGGAUCUGCAUCAACGCUCUUGCUGCACUGGUGCCCAUGUGGACUGCUAAUGACGGCGGCGAUUUAGCUACGACAGCUGCAGAGCUCUACCUGUGGUUUCUGAACAAAUUAAAGGAGGCUGCAAGUCUGCCUGCGACUUGUCUCAUAAGUGCAGCACGAUUACUCCGCCAGGUUGUCAAUAAUAGGCCAGAACUAGAGGAAUCCUCUACCAAUAAGCAAAAAUCUGCUCGUACGCUUCUGUUUGAGGUCUUCCGAGACAGUGGCCUGAUAGUAAAAUAUGAAGUAAUGGGCGAUGUGUCACAGAUCUUCGGCCGUUUUGUCCUUCAGGCCCACGAAAAAAUUCUAGAAGACGUGAUCGACAAGCUCCCAAGUGACCCUGAUUGGGCCGAAGGAAUUGCAUUGCGCUUGAAGAUCCUUGGGACCCUGGCUGCUACCUGGCCAACCUUACUACGUCGAUGCCUGUAUUCGGUUUUUGAAACAGCAGCAAUGGUACGCACCUCAAUUAAGCACGCGAGCACGGUUUUAGUCGAUGUCUCGAGAACUCUCAACCUCUCCGACAGCAAAGAGCUUUUCAAGCUCUUCGCGCCGCAAAUAAUAUAUACAUGGACGGACCCUGAAGGCGUGAAUGAGAUGCUGGAGGCUAUGCCAUUCGCUAUUUUUGGUUACAGCGACUUGAAGGAUCUCCUUAUCGAUGUGCACGGCGAGGUAGUGGGACAGAUGACAAUGCGCGGCAAGGAUGAAGAAAUGACCUAUCUGUCCAAAACAUUGAGCGAACCUUUUGCUCAGCUGCUCACAAACUCCUUUGCGGAAGCCGCUGCUUACUGUAUUGCACGUGACAUUUCGCUGCCUCAAGGUGAGAAUCCAGAGGCUUACGCAGAAGCUCGACUACGCAAGCUACUUGGCAAAGGACACUACAAAAUCCUUGCGACCAAGCACUUCGCCGAGAUAAUCGCUAUAUUCUUCUUGAGAGCUGACCAGGAAUACAAAAUCGACAAGGCAUUCCAGAGGGAUGCAGAUUACGCAAACGCAAGUACGGCUUAUCAGGAAAUAAUCCUGAUGAGUCAACCAAGCGAGAGUGUACCAGUGAAUUUACAACCUUCGUUCAGCAGUAAGUAUCUUUUGGCUCAGAUUGACCAUUUGUGCGGUCGCACUUUCACCAAGAGCGACACGAUGUGGGUAGCACCUCUCUACGUUUAUGUGUUCCGCAAGAUGAUGAACUCUAUCCAUACCGCUCUGGGAUCCUUGUAUGCUUGUGCUGUUCUGCGGAGGAUCAGAAUCCUCAUCACUAUCGUUGGCCAUAUAGCUCUGGAAGGCUACCCACUUGAGAUGACCUUACACUCAGUGAGACCAUUUCUGACUGAUACACGUUGCGCUAACGACGCUAUUGGCCUUGUUCAGUAUUUGCUAGAGCAUAGUGCGGCAUAUACCAAGAAGGUCCCGUUGUUUCUCCUUGGCUUCUCUGUAUCAACGUUGAUUUCCAUGAAGAGCUUUCUUGCUACAUCUCAGGACAGUACGACCCAAGAAAGCCAAUUCAAAGCUAUCAUUGAAAAUAGUCAACGCUUUCGCGAAUGGCUAAUAUCGUUUCUACUAUCGUAUACAUCGCCAGAACUGACAAACGAAUCGUUCCAAAGCUUUCAAAAGAUAAUUCAAGCAAUCAGCAGCAUACGCCAGAAUGGUAGCGCUAGAAGGGGGACUCCCGAGGGUGAUCUUCUUAUGACCUUCCUUGACGACCAACGCUCAGGACGCAACUUAAUUCCACAUUCGGGUCGGAGAGACAUCCUUUCAUUUCUCGGCGCAUCCUUUAAAAGGCCGGCAGACUUUCACGAGGACAUUUUAGGUGAUGAUCAAGAGGCAAGCUCGUUUGCAAGUGUUGUUCUGAAUACUUGUCGCGAUAGCUUGGCAACUAUCGAUUAUCAUCUAUGGAGUGGGCGAGUUCUCGGACGAAGUUUUGCUCGUCAAGGGCUUACUGGCCAAAUUGUGAAUGCAGACACCAAGCUCAAGCCGGCGCAAAAAGAGUUGACGGGCGGUGUAUCUUCAGAUCCAUCCAAUUCCAGAGCUCGUCUACUUAGCAUAUUGUCGCAACUCUUGACACGCGAAAAUCUCUUUGAAGUUGGACUCGCAGAGAUGGCUCUCAAUUAUAUCGUCACGGAAUCACAAGGCACAAGCUCUGCCUCUGAGUGUCAGAAGUACCUAGGUAAGAAUCUCGUCAUAGCCAUGACUUGCACACAAUAUGAAAUUCCAAAUGUUACGAUUUUGCGCAGGUAUCAACCAACCCAAAUUAGCCUGGAUGAGGUUUCUGUACCAGACGGUAGCUGUGAUGCUUCAAAUUGGCUACGGACGCUGGUCGUGGCACUGACGCAGAUCAACCCCAGUGACCCUUUGAUGACGGCCUUUGCGCAUCUGCUAAGUAGUGUCAGAGGGCUAGCAGAGGAAACAUUCCCUCUUAUUCUACAUUCGACCCUGCUGGCGGAACGUGGAGGACCUAUGAUCACGAGUGCAAAAUUCUCAGAAAUAGCUCGUCGACUUUUCGAUCAAGGUGCAAGUGACCAGAUAAACGUCCAAAUUAUAAAAUUUCUGCUUGACGCGAUUUUGUACCUACGCACCCAGCCUUUGCCGCACGAGACAGUCAAGGCCGAUCGUCUUCGAUGGCUUGAUAUCGACUUUCGGCAAGCAUCAAUAGCCGCUAGUCGAUGUUCGAUGCACAAGACCGCCCUGAUGUUCGUAGAGGUGGCCAUGUCUGAAAAGGCACGGCUGGAGGCUUCUACACGACGAAGAUCCAAAGCUCUUCAGGAGUCAGCGGACAUUUCAAAUAGAUUGUUAACCCAAAUAUACGAGCAGCUCGAUGAGCAAUACGAACAAGCUGGGUUCAAGAGCUUGUCUUUUAGGGGCGCCUUCUACGACUGCCAGAUUCGCCGAUCCGAUAAUGUGAUAAAUGUCGAUUUAGAGAGUAUGGUAAGAGUCCUGAAUAAUAUGGAUCUCAACGGGCUAUCACAGCCAUUAGUCAAUAAAGUAGUGGAAGGUGGCCCAAGGUCCAUCGAGGCUGCUCUGAGUACAGCCCGCAAGUUAGAGCAAUGGGAUAUCGUACCGCCAAAAGCAGAUACCGGGAACAGCAGCAUCAUAUUUGAUGUCUUCCGGAAGAUCAACAACGCGCGUGAUUGUUUCACUAUUACAGCAGCGCUGGACGCUGGUUUUGCAAAGGCGAUGAGCCAGCUUUGUGAUGAAACAGCCACUGGGGCGUCAUUUCGUUCUGUUAUGAGCUCACUAGCAGCUUUGACUGAGGCGGAGGAAGUGUUCUCUGCGCAAGGUCCUGAGCAGCUCCAGGAGAUAGUGCUGAAAUUCAGUUCUCGAGACGAGCUGCUACAACUGCAAAGCUAUGAUCAUAUUAAAGACAUUAUUUCAUGUCGCGAGACAGCCUUCAGCACAUUGAGUAAGCGCCAGGGACUACAGCAAUUGCUCAACACACCUUUACGAGACUCGAGAUUGAUGGAAUGUCGUGUCCUAUUGGCCUCGGCCGCACUAAGCCGCACACAUGGUGCGCUUCAGAAUGCAUUGACAAGUGCAACGUAUCUCGAUCAGCUAGUGGAGCCUUGCCAGGCGAUCGGUCUUGACAUCACCGCGGCUUCCCAGGUAGAAAGUGCUCACAUUCUGUGGAGCCAGGGGGAAAAAGAGCCUUCCGUUAGGCUACUCGAAGAUCUCAUUCAGAAUCUCGACAAGAAUACUCGGCAGUCGCAGUCAAUACCUGUUGGAAAACCUGAAUUACUUGCGAAACUUGGCCAUCAUACCGCUGAAGCAAGACUCGAGAAACCUGACUACAUUCUACAGAAUCUCUUGAAAACAGCCGUGAAGGAACUCAAAGGCGAGAAGACCGGGCACGAGGCAGGCGAGGUGUUUCACGAGUUUGCGUCCUUCUGCGACCAACAGCUGCAGAAUCCAGACAGCUUCGCUGACUUCCAACGCAUAAAGGAGCUACGCGAGCGCAAGGAGACGGAGGUCCGAGAUCUUGAUCGAAUGAUCAAGUCAGUGGGAUCACAAGCAAAAGAGAAAGAUAAUCUGUUGAGUCAUCGUAACAAAGCCCAGCAGUGGUUCAACUUAGAUGAUGGUGAAUACCGCAGGCUUGAGUCGAGCCGUCAGACCCUACUCAGACACAGCUUGGAGAACUACCUACUCAGUCUGCAAGCAUCAGACGGGCAUGAGAACGAUACUCUUCGAUUUUCCGCCCUGUGGCUUGAAAACGCUGAUAAUGACGCAGCCAAUGAGGCAGUGGCCAAAUAUAUGCCUCAGGUCCCCAGCAGGAAAUUUGCCCGUUUGAUGAAUCAAUGGACUUCACGUCUGCUCGCCAAGCAAGACUACUUCCAAAGCCUUCUGUUUGAGAUUAUUCUUAGAGUUUGCAUUGACCACCCCUAUCACGGUAUGUAUCAGAUUUUCGCCAGCAGCAAAACUCGCGGCGGUAAAGACGAUGUGGCUUUGGCACGGCACAAAGCUGCGAACAAUGUGGUCGACCAGCUCAAAAGCAAUUCGCGUGCCAGUCGAACGUGGCUCUCUUUACACAACAUGAACGUCACUUUUGUGCGUUUUGCACAAGAUCGUGUAGAAGAUGCGAAGCCUGGUUCAAAAGUCUACCUACGAAAGCUGCAGACAGGCCAGCGGGUAGAGCAAGAUGUACUGAAAACGCAGAUACCGCCACCUACAAUGGACGUUGAGCUUCGAGCCGACUGCGACUACAGCCAUGUGACCACGAUCGCGAAGUUCCAGCCAGAAUUCUCCCUAGCUUCUGGAAUAUCGAUGCCCAAGAUCGUCACCGCUAUUGGAACAGAUGGGCUAAAGUACAAACAGCUGUUCAAAUCGGGGCACGAUGAUUUGCGACAAGACGCAAUCAUGGAACAAGUCUUUGGGGCUGUCUCUUCGCUUCUUGGGACUCAUCAAGCUACACGACAGCGAGACCUCAAGAUCCGCGCUUACAAAGUUCUCCCUCUUACUGCUACAGCUGGUGUCAUUGAAUUUGUAUCCAACACGGUCCCAUUACAUGACUAUCUCCUCCCAGCUCACCAGCGCCAUUUCCCCAAGGAUCUAAAACCGAACGCGUGCAGGAAGCACCUCCAAGAUGCUCAGAGCACAAACACGGAGAACAGGGUUCGAACAUUCCGCAAGGUCUGCGAGCAAUUCCACCCAGUCCUACAUUAUUUCUUCCAGGAGAGGUUCGAAUCACCAGACGAAUGGUUCGAGAAACGCCUGGCGUAUACACGAUCUACGGCCGCGAUCUCCAUACUUGGCCAUAUCCUGGGCUUAGGAGACCGACAUGGCCACAACAUACUGCUCGACGAAAAAACGGGAGAGGUCGUUCAUAUUGAUCUUGGAAUUGCAUUCGAACAAGGACGGGUCCUCCCUGUGCCCGAGGUGGUGCCUUUUCGACUGACACGGGACCUAGUAGAUGGAAUGGGCAUCACAGGUACUGAAGGCGUGUUCCGUCGCUGCUGUGAAUUCACUCUUGAGGCGUUACGGAAUGAGUCUUAUGCCAUCAUGACGAUUCUAGAUGUUUUGCGGUAUGAUCCGCUGUACUCGUGGUCGCUUUCUCCUCUGAGGUUGAAGAAGAUGCAGGAGGCCCAGACGGAGCAUCCUGGGCCGCCCGUCGAAGGAGCUGAGGGAGUGGGCAAGAACGGGGGGAGGAAGCUGGUGAGGCUGAGAGGGCCCUGA